AUGCCUUGCUUCAAAGGGCUGGCAGUCAGCAUCCACACCCCGGAUGGCCCCAUAGCAGAGUUCUCCGUGCAACGUCAGUCUCGCCAGUCCCGGAUCGCUUGCUAUAUUCCCGUCCCAGCACCCAAAAUUACUGAGUCCGGAAAAGCCCAACCAUCAACAUUUGCCGUAUCGAUUACGCUUCUGAAUGCCGGACAGAGUGUUCCGUAUUCGACACCCAAACCUACGCCUGACAAUCCGAACCCGAAGCCACAACUCGUCGGCGUGAGUGAGACGGACGAAAAGGGACAGACACAUUGGAUAAAUCCUUAUCUCCCACUGACAGGAUCCGUGAAUGAAACGGUUGCCGCUUACAUCUACUUCGACGGACGACAGAAGGAAGAAGUCGCUACAUUAUUGCGUCGCGGAGAGGAGACAUGGGUUAAUUCCCGAUGGGUCAGCGUUCCUGACUCAGAAGGCGGAGGACUCGCUGAACGAGAGUUCUUGUUCCGGGAGGUCGGCCUCGAGAGAUGGUUGAACGGGUUAGACCUAGAAGGCAAGGAUGCCGCAGCCAAGAUUGAACGACGCAGACAAAAGAUGGAGAAACGGAGAUUGCUCAGAGAAGCGCAAGACAAUGGCGACAUGGAAAUGGAGGGUGAAUCUUCUACGAAACGGGAUAAAGGUAUAAUGCGAUAUGGCGCCGAUGCUAAAGCUCCUCUUGAGAAUCUUUCGGAUGAAGAGUUCUCCUCUGAUUCUGACGAUGAUCCAAUUCCCGAAUCCGCGGGUCAGAUCAAAGUUGCAUUGUUCCGAGUGUUGGCAUCUGGAGAGAUUCGACGGGGAGAGUACUCGCCGCAAUUUGACGCACACGACGACGACGAAGAAGGAGGACAGGGAGGUGACGGAAAUGCGGAUGUUGAUCAUACGACUAGCUUUGCGAAGCCCAAGACGCUCGAUCCUACGACAAUCAGUACGCAGACGGUUACUGGUAUUGAUCCUACUGAUAAGCCGUAUGCUGUGUUUACUUUUAUGUACCGUGGCGAACGUCAACUGCAAAAAAUGGGCAUUCUAAAGUCGAAAGCAGUCGAAGAGACUCCUGCAAAGAGAAAAUCAACCGAUUUCUCUAAACUUGCGCCCCUCAAACCCGGUGGUGCUGUUGGAUUUGUGGGCUAUCGCGAAGGCGACAAAGCUAGUUCUUCAAAAGCAGGAAAGAAGUCGAAGAAGAGCAGCGAAAGCGACAUGGACAGCGAUGAGGAUGAGGAUGAGAAAGAUCCCGUUACAGCGAAGGCCGACGAAGAUGAGAGCAAUGAUACUACUCACCUUUCUCCUGAUGACUUGCGUAGACAGGGAGAUUUGGCUGAGGGGGUCAGGAAGAUCAAGUUAAAACGUCAACAUUCAAUGGAUCCCAUGGGAGACAGCACCUCCAACGCCAACACACCUGCAUCAGUAGCGACGCCCCCUGCAGCCACAAAUGAAGCAUCCACACCACCACCACAUGCCUCUGCAUCCGCCCCAGCUCCGGCGGACGCAAAUAUCAACGACGUCCCAAAUAGUCUUCCAGACAACCUAGACAGUGCCGAUUAUGUAGGCAGCCCAAUGAAAAAGGCACGCGCAAGCGUCUCUACAGCCGACGAAGAUGGCCUACGAAAGCGCCUCGGAUCAAAUCUCGCCAACAACAUCAGCGAAAUACUCAGCGGUGAAAAGACAGACUCCCCAACCACAUUCGGAGGGUCUGGAAGUCAUUUCGGUGGCAACAUCAACCCAACAGCAGCCCCGGCACAGCCUAUCAACACACAACAAGUUUCACAAGACGAAGACGAGGAACUUUAA